CAAAGGUUCGACCACACAACCAGAAAUCAGGAGUGUUUGGUUCCCAGUCCUAUAAUUUUGGAGAGCAAUAUGGCUCCAACCAUAGCGGUGCCUUCAGCCCAAACAAAGCCACGCCACCACCAAUCGCCGCCGCCGCCGCCACCACCGGCGGCUGUGGCGGAGGAGGAGGAGCUGAUGAAAAAGAGAAAUGAGGAGUUAGAGAGAGAGUUAAAGGAGAGUCUGGAGAGAGAGGAGAAGAUGAAGCAGGAGCUGCAGAGAACAUGGCAGAGGCUCAUGGUGGCGGAGGAGGCGGAGGAGCGGCUCUGCACCCAGCUCGGCGAGCUCGAAGCCGAGGCCGUCGACCAGGCCCGGGCCUACCAAGCUCGCCUUCUUUCAUUAAUGGAUCAGCUUUCAUUGGCUCAAAAGCUUCUCCAAUCUGCGUCCAUUUCUCUCCCCAACUCUCAAUGACCUAUAUAUAUUUACACCAAGCUAUAUAUAUAUAUAUAUAUAUAUAUAUAUACGCAGCUAGCCUUCUAUAAUCAAUUUUUUUUUUUUGGUAAGUAAAUUUUGUUCUUGUAUUUCAGUUUGUGUAUUGCUUCAUUCUUACAUAUGUGAACUGCGUGUAAUUAGUAGAUAUUCUGUUUUGAAUUUGAUUAUCAUGAAUUCAAACUCUUUAUUUAUCUCA